AUGCUCUUAAUCCUACCACUCUUCGUCUUGUUGCCAUGUUCCAUCAUUGCGACAACAAUGGAGGAUCUGCCACCGGACAAUUUCGUUUCGGGCAUAAACGAGUUGAGACGCAAAUACGCCAAACAAUAUAAUGUGCCAAAUAUGCACGAAUUGAUGUGGAGUGAGGAUCUGCUCAAUAUUCUCAAACCUCUCGAUUGGAGUGCUUCCUGGCUAUACAGCGAAAUAACUUGGAGAGACACUGAUUUCCAAUCUUAUGAGGCUGAAUUGUCUCAAAUAGAAAUGGAUGCGAUCGAUUUUUCGAAAAAAACUCCAGAGGAAGUGACAAAAGCAAUUGAAGACGGUAGUACUGGUACUAUGAAAAGGAUGGAAUUGAUCAAUCCGCUUCAAAGGUUCAUUGCGUGUUCUCCAAAAUCCAAAAAAGGAGCGGUCCUUUUUGUUUGUAUAGUAGGAACUGAGGGGUCUUUUACACUGUUCGAUACAACUGGUCAAUCUACAAGCAUUCCUGGAUCACAAUGUCAUAGGAGAUAUACAGGGUGCGGCAGAAUUACCCGCACAAGCUAUAAGUGCUAUAUCUAA